UAUCUUCUACUUCAUAAAUUCAUAUCACCAGAAGACAACUAUCCUCUUUUUUAGUGUUUUUUUUUUUUUCCCCGAUCACCGGUAACUAAUCCGGUCGCCGGCGAAAUGAUUACUCGGCGAGCUCUCUUCACCGUUGUCUUCUUCCUCUACCUCUUGGCCCACUCUCACUCUCUCGACUUCCCCUUUCCCAAACCCAAACACAAAAUCAAAGGCCCCAUCAAAACCCUAGUCGUCGUGGUCAUGGAGAACCGCUCAUUCGAUCAUGUUCUAGGCUGGUUGAAGAGGACUCGCCCAGAAAUCGACGGAUUGUCCGGCAGAGAAUCCAAUCGGGUGAACGCCUCCGACCCAUCAUCCCCCAAAAUCUUCGUCUCCGACGAUGCGCUUUUCGUCGAUUCCGACCCGGGUCAUUCAAUCCAGGCGAUACGGGAACAGAUAUUCGGGUCGAACGAUACCUUGUCCGACCCGGCGCCUAUGAACGGGUUUGCCCAGCAGGCGGAGAGCAUGGGAGUGGAGGGAUUAUCGAGGAGCGUGAUGAGCGGGUUCAAACCGGAGGUCUUGCCGGUUUACACCGAGUUGGCGAACGAGUUCGCCGUGAUGGACCGGUGGUUCGCCUCGGUCCCCGCAUCGACUCAGCCGAACCGGUUUUACGUCCACUCGGCGACGUCCCACGGCGCUUCCAGCAACGUUCGAAAAGACCUCAUCCACGGGUUCCCUCAAAAGACCAUUUUCGACUCCCUUGACGAAAAUGGCCUCAGUUUUGGGAUUUAUUACCAGAACAUCCCUGCCACUCUCUUCUUCAAGAGCUUGAGGAAGCUAAAGCAUGUAUUUAAGUUUCACAAUUACAAAUUGAAGUUCAAAUCGCAUGCUAAGAAGGGUAAGCUUCCCAAUUAUGUGGUGGUGGAGCAGCGUUACUUCGAUGUGGAGCUGUUUCCGGCCAAUGAUGAUCACCCGUCGCACGACGUGGCGAUCGGACAGAGGUUUGUGAAGGAGGUGUACGAGACUCUGAGGGCUAGCCCGCAGUGGAAAGAAAUGGCUUUGCUGAUUACUUAUGAUGAGCAUGGUGGGUUCUAUGAUCAUGUGCCCACCCCUGUUUCUGGUGUCCCUAAUCCGGAUGGUAUCAUCGGGCCUGACCCGUUUUACUUCCGGUUCGAUAGGCUUGGCGUCCGGGUGCCGACCAUAUUGGUUUCUCCGUGGAUUGACAAGGGCACCGUGAUCCACGAGCCAAUUGGGCCAACCCCAUAUUCCCAAUUUGAACAUUCUUCUAUCCCUGCAACUGUCAAGAAACUUUUUAAUCUAAAAUCAAACUUCCUGACCAAAAGGGAUGCAUGGGCUGGAACCUUUGAGAAUUACUUUUACCUUCGUGACACACCACGCGAUGACUGUCCAGAAACACUCCCAGAAGUUACGACAUCGCUAAGGCCAUGGGGACCAAAGGAAGAUGUGGAACUGUCUGAAUUCCAAGUUGAACUGACACAGCUUGCAUCGCAACUCAAUGGUGAUUAUGUCCUCAAUACUUAUCCAGAUAUUGGCAAAAGCAUGAAUGUGGGUGAAGCCAACCGUUAUUCUGAGAAUGCAGUUGAGAGAUUUUUGGAAGCUGGUAGAGCGGCUUUGAGAGCUGGAGCAAAUGAGUCUGCUAUUGUUACAAUGAGGCCCUCCCUUACCAGCAGAACUCCAAGGACACGCAGUAUAUCGGCUACUUGAAAACCUAUUGAUUCCACAGAUUACUGGUUGUAUCUAUACCUAUUUGAAUUUUCAUACUGCUGUUUGUCUGUAUGUAUGUAUGUAUAUAUUUCUUGUUAAACUGCAUGAUGAACUCAUGAUCAGUUGAUGUCUUCAAUACUAAUGGACUUUCUAAUAUUUGAGCA